AUGCUGCAUUUAUUUGUGGUAAUAUUCUUAGCACUCGGCGUGUUGGGAUAUGAUAACUCAGGUUUGACAACAGAUGAAUUGCAAAGUCUGCAGAAGAGAUUCCAGGAUUAUUACAACGAUGGCGAAGUGCAAGUGAAAGGUAUCACGAUCGGAGGCUGGCUGGUUACUGAGCCUUACAUUACACCUUCAUUAUAUGAAACAGCAUUUACCCAUGUGAAUAAAACUCUAAAUGGUACCAACAGCACCACUUUUCAAAAUAGCACGUUUGGUAAUUACUCAAUUGUCGAUGAAUAUACGCUGUGUAAGGAGUUGGGCUAUCAGAAUGCACUUACAUUGCUGAAAGAUCACUACGAGACUUUUAUCACAGAGGAUGAUUUUGCACAGAUUAAGGAAAAUGGUUUCAACCUCGUGCGGUUACCUAUAGGUUAUUGGGCUUGGAAGAAAAACUCCAACGAUACAAGCAGGUACAAUUAUGUUGGUAACAUUAGCUAUGAUGAUCCAUACGUAAGCGAAGGAUUACAACUGCAAUACCUACUGAAAGCGAUUGAUUGGGCCAGCAAAUACGAGUUAAAUGUUUGGAUUGACCUUCAUGGUGCUCCUGGUUCACAAAAUGGUUUUGAUAACUCAGGACAGAGAAUAUUGUAUGACGACCUGGGAUGGCUGCACGCAGACAAGACGAAACCAUUAACCCUUGCAAUCUGGAAAGACAUGUUUGAGAAAUUUGUAAGGACAAAUAAUUACAAUGGAUAUAAUACUUCCUCUGUGGUUGGUCUAGAAAUAAUGAACGAGCCCCUGGGCCCAAAGAUCGGUAUGCGUAACAUUGCCCAAUCUUACUAUGAGGCCUUUGACAUGUUCAAGACGGCAGAAGCUGAGAAUAAUAAUCCACAAAAUGACAAUUUGACAUUUGUAAUCCAUGACGCUUUCCAAUCUAUUGGUUACUGGAACUUACACUUGAAUCCAGAUUAUAGAAAUGUCUCAAAUCAAUACUACAAUUUGACUAAUGUUACAUAUAAUUCACAGUCGGUGUUGGUCGACCACCAUCAUUAUGAAGUUUUUACUGACUUCCAAUUAAAAAACAAUCAAUAUAAUAGAAUAAUGGAUAUCAUCAACUAUGGUGACUCUAUUUCCAAAGAACUAGACUUCCAUCCGGCUGUAGUUGGCGAAUGGUCUGGUGCUAUCACCGAUUGUGCAAGAUGGGUCAAUGGUAUUGGUAUUGGGGCAAGAUACGAUGGCUCCUACUACAAGACUACUGCUUUUCAAUCCGAUAGUCCACCAAACGGUACAUGUAUAUCGCAAAAUGAUAUCAGCACCUGGUCCGAAAGCUACAAGACUCGAGUCAGACAAUUUAUCGAGGCUCAAUUGGCGACAUACUCCGCAAAAACCACAGGUUGGAUAUUUUGGAAUUGGAAAACAGAGAAUGCCGCUGAGUGGGAUUAUCUAAAAUUGAAGGAAAAUAACCUAUUUCCUCAGCCAUUCGAUAACUUUACAUACUUCAAUAAGGAUGGCCAAAUCAAUAGCUCAUUCUCUACCUCGUUGUCAAUAGAAGCCUUUGGAAGCCCUACAAGCUCUAGAGUGUCUUCAACAAAACACAAAAACUUUGCCAUCUCUACCAAGAUGAGAACUUCAAUAACUGGAUCAUCCAACAACAACACAUGGAUGUACUUCCUUAGUGCUGCCCUAGGUAUGCUCGCUGUUUGCUGUGUGAUGUAG